AUGUCUCUUUCAAAGCGUAAACGCGUGGUGCUGUCAAUUAAGGACAAAGUGGAUAUUUUGGAGCGUAUGAAAAAAGGCGAAUCGGCCCAAUCUCUGUCGGUGGUUUAUGGUGUGGGAAAGUCAACGAUAUCGGACAUUAAAAAACAGUCCAGCGCGAUUUUGACGUCCGCGAGCAAACUUGACUGUGAUGCAGGAUGUUCGAAGCGCAAGACCAUGAAAAGAUCCGCCAACGAAUGUUUGGAUGAGGCUCUUUUCACAUGGUUUUCCCAAAAACGUUCAUCUGGGCAACCUAUCAACGGCCCCUUGGUGUGUGAGAAAGCUUUAGACUUCAAUAAAAAAUUAGGGGGUGAUCCUAAAUUCUCUGCAAGUCAAGGAUGGCUAGAUAAAUUUAAAUCUCGACACGGCAUUCGCCAGCUUGAUAUUCAAGGUGAAAAACUCAGUGCUGACUCUUCAUCUGCCUCUGGAUUUGUGACAAGAUUUUCAGAAAUUUUAAGAGAGGAUGGUUAUGAUUUGGAGCUUGUUUAUAAUGCAGAUGAAAGUGGUUUAUGUUGGAAAAGCUUACCUUCUAAAACUCCGGCAUCCAAGAGGGAAGUGUCAGCCCCUGGAUAUAAAUCAAGCAAAGAUCGGGUCACCGUAAUGGUUUGUGCAAAUGCUACUGGUAGCCAUAGAAUUCCCAUGCUUUUUAUAGGAAAAUCCAAAAAUCCAAGAGGCUUCAAAAACGCGAAGAUACCUCUCGUUUACAAAAACCAAUCCAAGUGGUCAAUUAAUCUGAAGGAUUGUUGCUACAUGAUUGUUGAGGCCUGGAAUUUAGUUUCUCCAAGCACACUGAAAAAGGCAUGGAAUAAGUUGUUGAAAAAAUACUACGAUGAUCUCAAUGAGCCUACUGUUGAUCUACUGCCCCUUAACGAAAGACAUGAAGAAACUGAACUUGUGACUGAAAUGCUUGACACACUUGAAUCCCUCAAAGUAAGAGAAGACUGUGACGAAGAAGACGUGCUGAAGUGGUUAAAUUCUGACGCCGAUGACCAAGGAUUCCCCAUUGUGACUGAUGAAGAAAUUAUUGAGAGUGUUCUGUCAGACCCAAUUGUGGAUGACGAGGAAGAAAGCGUCGAUGACUGUGCUUUGGAACGUCCAACGGGACCCUCUCACGACGAAGCACUAAAAGCCGUUGAUGUUGUCUUUCAGUGGCUUGAAAGACAAGAGGAAGUAGAAAUCGUCCAGCUACUUCAACUUCAAAAGAUAAAGGAGUUGGCUUUGACAAAAAAAAAUAAACAAGAUGAAGCAGACGAAGAUUGGUGA